GAGUUCUUCCGCUUCUUGCCGCGCGACGCGCCGCCCGCGCAGCUCUUCCGCUGCCGGGGCUGCAGGUGGACAUGUCGCAGUCGUCGGCCAGCCUGGUGCAGCUGACGGCGGUGCAGCUGGCGACGUCGGGCCGCUACCGCUGCGAGGUGUCGGCCGAAGCGCCGUCCUUCCAGACAGUCUCCGACCACGGCGAGAUGCAGGUCGUCGCGCUGCCGGACGAGGGGCCGCGCAUCAGCGGCGGCCGGCCGCGCUACGCCCUGGGCGACACGGUCCGCGUCAACUGCACCUCCGGGCGCUCGCGGCCGCCGGCGCAGCUCAUGUGGUUCAUCAAUGGAGAGCAGGUGCUCCUCCCCCUGGCCAUGUUAUGUGCGUCUGACUGUGUUAGCUGUGUGUGUGUGUAUCAGGUUGACUGCCAUCGCGCCUGUAUGGGCGGAGAGCAGGUGCUCCUCCCCCUGGCCAUGUUAUUUGCGUCUGACUGUGUUAGCUGUGUGUGUGUGUAUCAGGUUGACUGCCAUCGCGCCUGUCUGGGCGGAGAGCAGGUGCUCCUCCCCCUGGCCAUGUUAUGUGCGUCUGACUGUGUU